AUGAUUGAAAGAAUUUCGGCGCCAAAACGGGCCAUAAAAGAAACGGCGCCGAAACGAGCCAAAAGAACAAUGGCGCCAGAUUUGGCCGUUAUUCUAUUCUUCUCAAGACCGAAAGUUUCGUCAUCAGUAGAGGCACCGGAGAGAGCAAGUGACCCGCUCGCCGGACAAUUGGCGACAACCAGAAAGUGUGCUCCGAUUUCGCUGCCUACUCUCCGUCAGACCUGGAGGCUCAUUCACAAAAAGGGUGGUCGGCAAAGCGGAACAGUCUCUUGUGCAACGGUGAGAAUUGACGGAGCCGAUCGCGGAAACCGGACACGAGCUGGAACUGGCGCCAACGCCUCGGUCUGUUGA